UGUUCGUGCGGGAAAUGGGGAAAUAGCUGGAGUUGGAGCUGAACGUAAAAUAAAGUAAAUGAAAAUGGACUCCUUUCGCAACUGGCAACUGCUGGGAAAGCUGGGCCAGGGCGGCUUUGGCAAUGUUCUGCACUGGCGGAAUACGAACACCGGCCUCGAAAUAGCCACCAAACAUAUCAAGGAGACGAGUUCGCUGUCGGCCGAUCAGCAAGUCAAGUUGAAAGAGCGAUGGGUGGAGGAGCUGAAGUGGACGCGUGAGUUUGAGAAACUCCCAAACAUCGUGGCUGGCGUGUGCAUAGAGAAAGAGGAUGCAGCCUUCGUUGACUACCUUAAUGACCACCACAGCUGCCCUCUGCCCGUAAUCAUCCUGGAGUACUGCAAUGGGGGCGAUGUGCGGAAGCAAUUGCAGAUCCCAGAGAACGCCAACGGACUGACUGAGUUCGAAGUUCGGGAAAUACUGGGCGCCUUGCGGCAGGCCCUGCACUUUCUGCACACCAAGUGCAAAGUGUGCCAUCGCGACCUCAAGCCGGACAACAUCGUGAUACACCGCCAGAAGGAUGGGUCCAAGACGUACAAGCUCACGGACUUCGGUUUGGCGCGCGAUUCACCCGACAAGACGAUACUGCAGAGUGUGGUGGGAACACGCCACUACUUUGCCCCCGAGGUGGUGGAGAGUGGCUUCUACAACACGGCGGUGGACUACUGGUCUCUUGGGAUCAUUGCCUAUGAGCUGGCAACCGGAGAGCUGCCCUUCAUACCCCACCAGACGUUCAAGAAUAUUCUAGUCAAUUUGCUCAACAAGAAGCCCGAUUGCAUUGCCAUUACGGAGGAUCUGCAGGAUGACAGUCGUUUUCUCUUUCAAACAGAACUGCCAAAGCAGAACCAUCUGACGGGGCCAUGGUCCAGGGAGUUCGUCCCGUGGCUACGUCAGGCCCUCGACACCAACUACAAGCGACGCGGCAAAUUGGCAUCUGAUGAAGUACAUUCGGGUCCGGUUCCUGUUCCGGCCGUCUUCUUCAACCUCGACAGGCUCCUCCAGAUGCGCGUGCUCACGAUAUUCGCUGUGAACGACUUCAAGCGUCUGGAGUAUGCCGUCACGGCGAACAUGACGAUGCAGGAACUUAACGGUUUGAUUUGCCGUGACACAAAGCUAGCUAGUAGAGAGGUGUACUGUGUCCUGCCCACCACUCAUCCGCACGAGAGGAUGAAGCCAACCACCAGACCCCUGGAUCUGUAUGUCCAGGAGUGGAGCGACACCAGCAGCGAGACGCGCAAAUCGACCCAAAUACCCCCACCCCCUGUGAUGUUAUUCGUCUUCCAGGCGACGACGGGCGAGUGUUACUAUCUUAACUCCGCGCCGAGCGUCUCCGAGCUGAUGAAGACCUGCAUGCUGAAAAGUUUCCAAACGGACAAGCCCUGGAAGCUGAAGCGCCUUGCGCGGGACAUGCACUACAUGCUGGCGGAGCAGCAGAAGCUGCUGGAAAUGUUCCUCACGGGCAUCCGAGAGCGUGCCCUGCUGCUGGAGGAUGAGAUUGUCACCAAUCAGUUCAUUGCAACCAUAAACGAUCAAAUACUCACCACAGCCGAUGCAAUUAAAAUGCUCGAGAGGCUGCGCACAGCAGCUGUCCAAGAGCAAAAGAUGUCCACUCAGGUAAAUGAUGCCGACUGGAAGUUACUCGCAGACACAUACCAGGAGACGAACAACAUUGCCAGAACCAUCAAGGAACACUUCGAGUCUUGUUUGCGCGGUGCCCGACGUAUGGUGGAUGAAACAAGCCAGCUUUUUAAUCACUGUGUGGCAAGGGACGUAUUUGGUUUGGCUGCCUUCGAGCGUAAUUUCUUGGAUGGAAUAUCUCUCGGGCAGUUCCGCAAAGCUGUCUAUGAGUUUACGACUCCUAUCCAGGAGGUGGAACGGGCCAAGGCCAACUCCAAGGAAAUUGAUAAGCUGCAUUUGUUAUUCAUCAAGACCAAGAUGGCUGAGACGACAGCCAAAAAGAAAUUCGCCGAAAUCAAAGAGCAGAUCUUUCAAUUGCAUUUCAAGAUGUUGGUCACCGCUGCCUCUGCCUCUGCAUCUACAUCGGCAUUCGCAUCGCGAGUCCCACCUCCAGUGCUAUUGCUUAGCAACUCCAUGGGACGACUGACAAUGAACUCAAUGGGCGACAGCUCGGAUUUUGAUUCUCUAACAACGAACAAUAUGAUCGACGAGGCAAACCGUCUCAGUGAGAUGCUACGAACUGACAUGGAAAUCGAUCUGUCUUAGUCUCUCCACUGAGGCUUCAGUAAUUACCACCAACAGAUAUUUAAUCAAAAGCAUGGCACGAUGCCGCACUUUGUUUUUAGUCGAUAUUUACUCGUUUUUUUUAACUUUUAUUAUUAGUUAUUAGUUAUCGCAGAAACUGCAUUUGUAAGUUUUUAAUAUUUUUGUAUUUUAAUUAUACCUCUGUUUGUUUUUAUGUUGCACCAAAAGUGAGACUUGAUGAAUGUUGUUGAUUCAAUUCUCCUUUGGCUAUUAAACGCUGCUUGUUGUACGAGUAUAUACUCCCCAAA